GCUGUUUAUUAUGGGUGUUGGAUUUACUUAUCUUGACAAGUGAUACGUAAGCGGCGGCUGUGAUUUCAAGUGUUAAUUGCAGAUUCGAUUGUUUUGCUUAGUGGUUUUUGAGUUCAACAUUGUGAUGCUAAACAUGUCGUCUCAUAAGGCUGUGCUAAUCGUUUGAAGAAUAGUGAAUGGACUUGUUUGGCAGAUGCAACAUGUGACCCCAUUCUGACAUUUAUUAUUCCUAUUCGUCUUAUUAAAGUCAGAAUGAACACAAUGAGGGGUUUUUCUCAAUAAAAAUAUCCCAUUUGGGCCGUGUAGAUGUUGCCAAUGUGAACACCACAUACUCCACCAAAUGUAUUUUCAUUCACAUCUGCCAAGUCAGACCUUCGAGUAAUGGGAACUUGACCAUCGACAUGCACCCUUGAAAGAUGGGGCUCCGAAACAGUGCCAUUUCAGUUUUAAUUUUCGACGAGAACAUCUCAACCCAAAGAUUGAAAUUACUUUUCGUAAAGUGCAUAGUAAAGUGAAGUGUAAAGUUUCCACAAUGUCUUCUCCAGAGAACAACAGGUAUAUCGUUCAAGUCUAUGUGGGAGCUCUAUCGGCUCUUUACGAGGCACUUUCCGUGGAGGCAAGCAAGCAGACAACAUCCGAAGAGAUUGUUUCUUGCAUCGUGGACAGGCUGGGGCUUAACGACAAUGUAUCAUACGAACUUGCUGAGGUUAUAGGUGACAGUUACGGGCAGGAAUGCAAGGAGAGGAGUCUGCUCAGCACCGAGAGCCCGGUUCAGCUGAUGAUGCUGUGGCCCAAGAACCGAACUGAUCAGUCGUCUUAUAGGUUUUACUUGAGGGAGAAAUCCAACGAUUACCUCUGGAGGGAUUUCGUGAUGGAUCCACAGCUCAUCAGGGAUUAUUUUCAUAGGUUUUUGUACCAGCCAAAAGACAGGGAGUAUCCUGAUCUCUGUCAACUUCCCGACCUGAACGAACAGACUUUGUUGGACAAUUUAAGAGCGAGGUUCGUGGCCGGGCAUAUAUACACUUACGUCGGUUCCAUACUCAUAGCGUUGAACCCGUUUAAAUUCUACCCGAUUUACAACCCGAAGUACGUGAAACUGUACCAGAAUCGGAGAUUAGGCCCUAACUUGCCACCUCAUAUAUUCGCUGUUGCCGACACGGCGUAUCACUGCAUGUUGAAGGACAGGAAGAAUCAGUGUAUAGUUAUAAGCGGGGAGAGUGGAUCCGGUAAAACCGAAAGCACCAAUUUCCUCUUGCACCAUUUAACAGCCCUAAGUCAGAAAGGUUCGCAUGGGAGUGGCGUGGAACAAACCAUACUCAGCGCCGGACCAGUCCUGGAAGCCUUCGGGAAUGCCAAAACGGCCCACAACAACAACUCCAGUAGGUUCGGGAAGUUCAUCCAAGUGAACUACAAGGAGAACGGGAUGGUCCACGGGGCUGUGGUACAAAAGUAUCUGUUGGAGAAAUCCAGGAUAUGUUCCCAGGGUCGCAACGAGAGGAACUACCACGUGUUUUACUACCUUCUAGAGGGCGCCAGCGAGCAGGAGAAGCAAGUCUUGCAUUUGAGGUCCCCGGAUCAAUAUUACUACCUGAACAAGUCGUGUUAUAAACUUGACAACGUAGACGAAAGAUACGAGUUUUCCAGGCUGAAACAGUCGAUGGAGAUGGUGGGAUUCACCGCGGAGAAACAAAGAAGGCUCUUUUCAGUCUUAUCGGCCGUUUUACUUUUGGGCAACGUGGAAUUCCAACCUAGAAAAUCCGCCUAUCACCACGACGAAGCGGUGGGCGUCAAAAACCCCGAAGUUGUAGCUCUCAUCUCCGAACUCCUAAGGGUCAAACAAGAAACUUUAAUGCAGGCUCUCAUAGCUAAAAGAGCUAGAGCCUCCGGUGAAACCCUGAUAAUAAACUACCGACUACCAGAGGCCACAGCCAGUAGAGACGCCAUGGCCAAGUGCCUUUACGGCGCCCUCUUCGAUUGGAUCGUGUUGCAGGUUAACCACGCCCUACUGUCCAAAAAAGAUACGCUCCGCGAGCACCAGGGCAACUCUAUCGGUGUGUUGGAUAUAUUCGGUUUCGAGGAUUUCGGCCUGAACAACAGCUUCGAGCAGUUGUGCAUAAACUACGCGAACGAGCACUUGCAGUAUUACUUCAACCAGCACGUGUUCAAGUACGAGCAGGAGGAGUACAGGAAGGAGGGGAUCAGGUGGACCAAUAUUGAGUUUAUGGACAAUACCGGUUGUUUGCAGUUGAUCGAGGGGAAGCCGAACGGAUUGUUGUGCGUCUUGGAUGAUCAGUGCAACUUUCCAGGUGCGACCAACGAAACGUUGCUCCAGAAAUUCAACAUGGUCCACAAGGACAACAAGUUCUACCAGAAGCCGCAGAAGAAGGAGGGCGCCUUCAUAGUGGUGCACUACGCGGGCAAGGUCAAGUACCAGGUGACCGACAUGAGGGAGAAGAACCUCGACCUGAUGCGUCAGGACAUAGUCGGGGUGCUCAAAAACAGUUCUAUGGCCUUCGUGAGGGAACUGGUGGGCGCAGAUCCGGUGGCCGUGUUCAGGUGGGCGAUAGUGAGGGCCUUCUUCAGGUCGUACUUCGCGUUCCACGAGGCCGGCAGGAAACACAGGCAGGGUAGGGUGGACGGUAACAGGAACAACAUCCAGCAACGAUACCAGCGGAAUCACACGCCCAACGAAAAUAUUAUAAGCAAACAGCGCAACACGGCGCCACCUAGCAGGUACGGCAAAUUCAGCGAAGACGCAACCGCGGGCAACCAUAACAGGUUGUCCUGGCCGCAGUUCUACCACCGCAACGCAAACGCGGCGUCUAAGAGCGCUGAAGACGACAAAAACGAAAAGAGGAGAAAAGAAUCCAUCGGUGGCGGAUCUGCCAACGCCGCGGCCUUAGAGAGGGUGUUGUGUCCGGACGAAGCGAGGGCCAUACAAAGGGCCAAUCAGAUUGUUAUGAAGAACAAAUCCUUCAGGCCGCGCGAACGCGGCAAGAAAGGCCUCAAAAACCUCCAGUCCGUCAAAACCCUCGCCGGCCGCACCGGCAUCUCCGGGGCCAGCCAAGGUCAGCUCGGGAAGGCCAGAAAACAGCCCACCACGGUCACCGCGCAAUUCCAACAGUCCCUGCACUCCCUCAUGGACACCCUGAACCAGGCCAACCCCUUCUUCAUAAGAUGCAUCAAGUCAAACGCCAACAAGAUCCCGAACAAGUUCGAUCACGAGACCGUUCAGCGUCAGCUGAGGUAUACAGGCAUGUUGGAGACGGUCCGGAUACGUCAGGCCGGUUUCAACGUUCGUCUGACCUACGACGAGUUCAUACAGCUAUACAGGAUCCUCCUACCGAAAGGGUUGCUCAGUUCGCAGAAUGACGUUAGGGAUUUUCUGGCCACUUUGAACCUGAACAGGGACAACUACCAGUUGGGGUUGAGCAAGGUGUUCCUGAGGGAGAGUGAGAAGUAUAAGCUGGACUGCAAGCUGCACCAGCAGAUCAUGUCGAGCAUCAUCAUAUUGCAGCGGUGGUUCAGGGCGUGUCUGGAGAGGAGGAAGUUCCUGAGGGUACGCAGUGCCAUCGUUACCAUCCAGUCGUACUGCCGCAUGUACCUGGUGCAGAGGUAUUUCAAGAGGGUGACAGCGGCUGUCAAGAUACAGAAGAUGUGGCGGGGGUAUAAGGUUAGGAGUUGGUACGAGAAGUUUAAGGUUGGGUUGGUGACGUUCCAGGCCCACUGUAGGGGGUAUAAGGUGCGGAGGACUAUGCAGUUAUCCAAGAGCCAUCCUAAGAUACCGAGUGCUGGUACCGUUCAGUCGCAUCUACAGGUUAAACUAGCCAGCUCGGACGAGGCUUUCGUGAGCAAAGAAUCUAGUCAAGAAGAGUUGCGGGAUAACUUAGAACGUCGACUGAGAGAUUCGGAUGAUGAAACGAUUUGCAGGAGCAGCGGUAUCCAGGAGGAUGGCGAUAAUGAAUCCUUGCAUAGUAGGCUGAGCUACACGAUGUCCCUGCCGACUGUCACCACCACGCUGAUUUCGCAGCAAACUUCGGGGAUAUUGCCGCAUCAAAAUAGACUGGCCGAUAUAAAACAGGAGGGAGUCUUCUUGGAUCUGACCCUGAGGCGAAAGAUCAACAAGGCCCAUCGCACCAUUGAUUACUCCGACCUGGAGUACAACAUGCCGGAUCGCAAGGGUAGCUGCGACUCCCUGGUGUCACAGAAGAGUUUCGGCUCCCAGCAGAGCACAGAUUCUCACUCUAGCGCGACAGUUAGGGAUCCGGCCGGUAGGAUGUCUUCGGCGGCGUCCAGGGAGCAAUGGUCCUCGUCCUUUGCUAGAAGCGAGACCGACUCUGAGAACGGUGGCGCCACCAUGUCCGCGCCGCCGAUAGUGGGCGACAGGUUCUCCUCCUACGACAAUUUCUCCGCCGGCGACCUGCCCGCCACGCACAGUUCCGAUCAGGAUUUCUCGCCCAAGAUUCAGCUGGCCAGGUCUCACGCGGUGCACUGGACAGGGGUAUCGAAGAGGGAGACCAAAUCCGCUGGGGAAGUCAGGAGCGCCGGGGACAACCUGAAGAGCUUGCCGCCCGUGAGAAGGAUAACCCGUUUCGGCUCAGACGAGAAGACUGACGUCUACUACGCCUACGACCAUGCGCCCAGCAAAACGGAACAGAUACUCGGAAAACCGGAAGCUCCGGUCAGGAACGUGAGGAAGGCCAAGAGGGCUCAGGUUAAGAGUUUGGGAGAGGAAGUGACGGACAGCGGGUCCGUGGACAAGGGCGUCCUGGGCACCAUAGACGAGUCCAACGUGAUACACGCGGACGCCGGGAGCGGCAAGUUCAAGCCGUUCAUGAAGGAAUGCACCACAAGCACGCCGAAGCAAGUGCUCACCCCGAAGAGGCAGAGGCAUCAUAUAGGGCUGGACUUGCGAAGGAGAAACAGCGAUCCCGCCACGAACCUGAUCACAGAAGCGCCGUCGGUCAUCGAACACACCCCGCAGGCCAAGAUCGACUCCGACGACCUGCAAUGGCGGAAGGCCAACGUAAGCUUCACCCUGGUCGGGCACUCUUUCAGGAAAAUCGCCAGGAUAUCCAAGGACGACCUCUGUACGUCCUGCAACGACCACAUGGACCAGUUCAUUACGCACGGCUACAAGUGCAUGCGCUGCAAGCAGUCCUUCCACGCCAAGUGCAUCCAGAACAAGAAGGUCUCCCCCUGCGACCAGGUGACCCCCAGCGUGGACAACUCCAAGGGGGCCAGGAGGAAACAGCGCAAACACUCGCGGACGCCUUACGACCUGGCCAAACCUGAUGAGGGCAAGUUCAACCUGACCAAAACGUCGCUGUUCUCGGACAGCACGGACCAGAUAAUAAGCGGUAGCGAGGAGUUGCACCUGAUGCAGAGGUUCAUCACGGAGAAGAUCAUGAAGAUCGAGAGCGAUAUAGGAGAGAAGCCCAGCGAGGUGGAUAGGUUGUUCAAGCAGGCCCUGCGGGAGUUCAAGGACAAUUUGGUGCAGAUCUACAGCGCCAACAAGCACGGUUUCGAGGUGUGCAGCGUGCGUUACAAGGAUUUGAUCUGCAACUUCCAACAGGCGAUGGAGACGGUCUGUCAGAAGGAGCAGAAGGAGAAAGACAAAGACUUCCCGGUCACCAUGGGUCUGAACGCCUUCCGAGGUUUCAUGAACGAGUUCAUGCUGACCAGAGCCGAGGAGAAACCGAACAAGACCAAGCGGAAAAAGGAGAAAAAGAGGAAGUUGGAAACUAUUAAGUUCAAAGGGCACAACUUCCUCCUGACCAUCAUCAACAUACCGACCGCGUGCGAGAUAUGCAACUCGUUCUUCAUGUGGCCCAUCGAGCGGGGAUUGGUGUGUCAGUCCUGCAAACUGACCUGUCAUAAAAAAUGCUACACCAACAUCCAGUCGGUAUGCGUUAAAGAAUCGACGCAGGGUGGUUGCAACAGGGUGUUCGGGGUCCCUUUGGUCAGUCUGAUCUCUGAAGAGAACAAGAUACCGGUGGUCAUCGAGAGGUUGCUACACGUCAUCGAACUUAACGGUUUAUACACCGAGGGUAUUUACAGAAAAUCUGGGGUCAGUUCGAAGAUCAAAGAGUUAAAAACCAAGAUGGACGAAUACCCUAACGACGUUGAAUUCGAGAAGUACCAAGUCCACGUCUUAGCCUCAGUACUGAAGAGUUUCCUGAGGGAGAUGCCGGAGCCUCUGCUGACCUUCGAGUGCUACGAAAACUUCAUCACGGCUGCCAACCUCCACGACCCCCAGGACAGAGUCACGACCCUCUACGACAUACUGAAGAAAUUGCCGCCGAUCAACUACGAUCUGAUGGAGAGGCUGAUGUUCCACCUGGCCAGGGUUGCGCUGCAUGAGGAGACCAACAGGAUGAGUGCGGCCUCUUUGGCGAUCGUGUUCGCGCCGUGCGUGUUGAGGACGAACAAAGUGGUGCCUGCGCAGGACAGUUUGCACGACAUCGCCAACCAGACGCAAUGCAUCGAGACCAUCAUCAGGGAGCAACUGAAGAAGAUCAGGAGCACGCUGGAGGACAUAAACACGCUGGACACGGCCUGUCAAGCCGCCAAUAAUCGACUGUCGUCUCUGAGGAGCUCCAAGGUCUUCAGCCCCGAGGAACUACUCCCUGCCAACCAGUCUUCCCAACAGCAAGCGGAGGAGGAGGAGCAUCUCCUAGUCGACCACAUACAGGAGAUCGAGAAAGAGAAGGAACACCUAACCUCAACCCUACCCACCCUCACCCACGCAACUUCAGACGACGACAUGUUAUCCACCGACGGCGAUGGUAGCAUGGACGAUAUAUCGUGCAUAGGUGAACAAAGGAAAAACAGAAUCCCGGUGGUUAGGUCGAUAUCAGGCGGCGAAACGCGGUCCUUUUUACCGAAAUUAAAAAGACAAUCGUCUUCCGACGUCUGCGUCAAGGUGGUCGAGGACUGUGACGAUUCCAUCGUUGUGUGAGAGCAGUGUAAAUAUUCCUCCGUGCGCGAUCAGCUUCGGUUGCAUUUGAGAAGGCUGAAGUGUGCCAAGUUGUCCGAAACGUUUAGGCAGAGCUUCUGAGUCGAACGAUGAAUAAUACUCGUGUGUUUCGGGUCGUGGGGGUAACAGGGACACUCCAAAGAUGAAUCGAAUUUAAAGUCGUGAUACGAAUUUAUCGGGUUGGAUGUUUACGAUACUGUACUGGUAGAUUGUCGGGACUACAUUGAAAUGUAACGGAACUGAGUUGAUAAAGUGGUUUUCUUCAUUUAUAAACGUGAAUUGUUGGUUUUAUCGAGGCAGGGAUAAUAUAUAUAUAUAUGGAUAUUGGAUGAAGGAUACUGUUGGUAAAUCACCCAAUCCGACUGGGAAAUAUCAAUGGAGAACGACUCGAGAAAGGUUUCAUCUUGAAAUAUUCGGCGUAGUUCUCAUAUGAAAAAAAAUUUCAAUAUCUGUCUGUGUCGUUUAUCUAUUUCUCAACUACUUCGACAUUCUUUUUCCUUGGAAAAGGAUAAAUUUCGUCAUGUUCUCUCAAAAAACAUCUGUUUCGAAGCAUUUUGAAUUCUGCAAUACUGGGUGUUUCACUUGAAGCGUCCACUAGACGACCGAAUGAAAUUUUCUUCUGAAAAUUUGUAGAUCGUGAAGAAUGGCCGGUGUCUGUUCAUCGCUAAUAUUCUCUUCUCGCCAUAUUCUGUUAUUUCAAAUGGGGCACCUCAUUUUUGGAUUUUUCACAAAAUUUUAACUACGGUUCAUUUGAACUACCUCUACCCAAACCUACAGUUUCUGGAGAUAUUUAUCAAGUUCAAAUUAAUCUUGAGGGAAUAAAGUUAUAACUCGUGGAAAAUCUUCAGUCUAUACUGUAUACUGGGUGAAACAUUGUUAGAGAGACAUUUUUCGUUCUAUCAUAUAGACCGUCAAAAAACAGGGUGUUUUGUUUGAGAAAAUGGGCUUUCUCAUAUUCAGCACUCCCGGAAUCUAUUUUGAGUAUAAUCUGAGGAUCAUACAGUUUUGAACUCUGUAAAUUUUAUCAGUUAUAACAAUUCUGAGCUCGAAUUUGAGACAAAUCAAUCAAUAUCUCUGGCACCUAGUGGUUUGGGUUUGGUUUUAAACGCAGAUAAAACUUUGUGGGGAACCCAAGAAUGUAAUGAAUAUAGGGUGUCCCAUUUGAAAUAACAGUCGAGAAUAAUUCGGUUGAAUGAAUCCCGGCCUUCAAUUAUCAUGAAUUUUCUGAAAAAAUCUCAUCUCUCAUGGUGGACGCUGGCGUGAACCACCCUGUAUAUUUUCCGUAUAACGCGACUUCCGAAAUCGAAAAUUAGGAAACGUAAGAUUCCAUUGUAAUCGAGAUUGUACAAUCUGAUUCGAACUGUGAAUAGAUAUAUUUUUUCCUUGAUAUUGUUGAAUAGUCUUUGUAUGAUAGGUUAGGUUGUGAAAAACCACUUCGGGUAGAUUUUCAGAUGCAACCGAAGGUGAAUGUAAAAAAAUCUAUUUUCAAAGUGUGAUAUGCCUUCACAGAAUUGUUUAUGUAAUAUAUUUUCCCAGAUUCUAAUAUACUAACACGAAGUGAUAUUGAUUGAAAGUGUAAAAAAAAUCUAUCCAUGACAUUUAUCAAUGAAUGCAAGUUUUCAGCUGCUGCUACUACAUUCGCCAGAAUACAUUUGAAGUUGUGAUCAUUUUAUUAUGUACUAUUUUACUAGGCAGGGUAACUGUUUACUAUUAGUAAAAUAUUAUUCAUACGUUUUAGUAUCAAAUAUUUAUUAACCGAAGUGAAAGGCUCCGCUUCGACUAUUUUUCAAUUGAAACCUUUGGAAAUUUAUUAUCUUUGAUGUAUUGUUGACGGAUGGUCCAAACUCAACAUUCUUUCCCUUGAAUUUGUUUUCCUCCUGCUUAUCGCAUAAAAAUUAUUUGGUACUUCUAAAUAUGUGAUAAUUUUUGAAAUUCUUAAUCGACUGGGCCAUCCUGUAUUCCUUUCAGCAAUAAAUUCACGUUGCAAUCACUAUUUGAAAAAGUUGAUGUUGAUAUUGAUAUUUGUUGAAGGUUUUACGAUAAAUUUGAAUUGGAUAGUAGCAUGUCAAUUCCCAUUUUUUUAUGACGACUAGGAACAUGAUUUUUUUCGACAUUAACAAAAAAAAAUGUUCCUGUUCUUCAUGAAAUAGUUGGAAUUGGUAUGAAUUAUUAUAAGGAGAUAUUGAUUGUUUCGAAAAUAUGUUUCUUCGAAAAUGUUGAACAUAUAUGUGAAUGAUUGUUUGAAUUAUUAUAAAGUGUGAUAAAUUUCCUACGAAAGAAAUUACAUAUUGUUUUAAAGGUGCACACAUUUAAAAGUUAUAAUGGAUGUUGAAAACUUAUACAGACUGUCAUAUAUUAGUUUCAUGUUGCCAAAAUAUUUCCUAAUUUUUCCAGCUAAUUUUCCUUUUAAUCUCGAAACGAUUAGGGGGAAAAUGGAAAGCACAAAAAAUUUCACGAGGUGAAAUUUGUGUACUAAGAAUCAAUUAUCGGUUACACCUUGUUGAAAUUGAAUUCGCGGAAAUAUUAUACAUAUGAAUAUAAAAAUAUGGUGAGUGCAAUUUAAUGUAAAUUUUUAUUAAUUCACUUUGAUCGUUAAGGCUAUUUAUUAGUUUCUAUUUAUUAAAAAAAUUUGUUUACGCUAAUGUUGAAAUUCUUAUAUUGAUUUCAAUUACCUCCGAUGCAAAUCUUAAUUUGAUGUCAUCACAAUUUUACCUACGAGUAAAAUGUUCUGAUUUCGUUUAUUGUCAUACUUUUCUUAUGGAAAAAUCGUUGAAUUUGAAUUGCUUUAAUCCCUGUAAAACUAACCUUAUACUUAUAUUUUACCCUUUUUUUUUUACGUUUUUAUAAAAUGGCUGAACUAAAUAGACCAUUCCAAAAUUUCGUGAAAUUCCCAUGUUGUACGGAUGAAAGUGAGAGUAAUGAACUGAUCCUUAAUUUAUAUACCAAUUACUUUGAUUGGGCAUUUCAAAAUAUGACUGACUAUUUUUUCUUGAUUAUUAGAUCUUGGUAAGGUAAAUGUUUAUAUCUGAAUUGAUAAUUUUACCAAAUGUUAAUAACAACAAACUUGUUUAUAUCGACAAAUAUAAAAACAAAUGUCCUUUGUAAAUAAAAUUCACUAUCAAUAUUA